GCGGCUAAUGGCGGACGCCGUGUCAUUCCCGUGACAUUUCCUCGCCUCGCGAACGACUCGUACCGAAACCGGAGGACCCUCUCAUUGAACUCGAAUUCACCAAGUGUCUCGCUGUCUCUACGAGUGGUUCACUGGAGUACGUCGCUAGCAAGGAUCCGUGAUAUUGCCUGGGACAGAGCUCGAAGUGAAUCUCCAAGUGACGGCGCGAGCCGACGACCGAUGCGCGCCAGUACACUGAGCCCCAAAAGUUUCGGUGACAACGCGCCGCGCGUACAGUCCGACUCGACAACACGAAACUCACCACUCGACCGCACCAACGCUUCUUAGCUUGAGUUCUUUGGAGAGUACUUGGCUCAAGGAUACGCGAUAAUUGACGGUACUUCUUUUAGUGCCGGGGAACUUUUCUAGUCUCAUGCCAGCCAUCCCCCCUCGUUGCUUUGGGCACGGUUAUCUGAGCAGAUGAUAAAAGAGAAUUUCACCUAAUAACGUCGGUGAGCUCGAAACAAUUGAAUCACCGGCCUUGGUGUCAAUUUAGACAUUAAUGUAACUGUACUUGUUUACUGCUAAGAGAGGGGAAAACCCUGAAUGUACCUGUUUAUUUAAAAAGAAUUUAAGAAAAUGCCGGCGUUUCAUGAAAUAAUCAGAGAGGUUCUACUAUCUCAAAACGCAGAUUGAGAAAUCAAUUUAAUUAGUUUGAAACGAACGAGAAAGCCUAGAAAGGAUUUGCUUACGAUGGGGAAUUCUGGUCUGAAGCAACACUACGAGACGGCGAAGAAGACCGGUGUGUUAAACCUAUCCCAAAGGAAACUAGAUGAGUUUCCACCGAACAUCCGUGUCCUAGCGCCUCUUCUACGCACAUUGGACUUCUCUGAGAACAAGUUUACAAAAUUACCGAACGAUGUCGGCGAUUUCACUCUCCUGAAACACUUAAAUAUAAGUCAGAAUAAGAUAUCUUCUUUGCCAGAUGCGCUGGGAAAUUUAGCUAAACUCGAAACGCUAAAUGCGAGCUCUAAUCAUAUAACAACUUUGCCAUCCACCCUGUCCAAACUGGCGCAUCUUAAGCAAGUGAAUUUAUCUGAUAAUCAAAUUAGCGAAUUCCCUUUAAUGUUCUGUAACUUGAAACACCUAGACGUCCUAGACCUUUCGAGAAACAAGUUAUCUGCGAUUCCUCACGGGGUUUCCUCACUUUGCGUGGCCGAGUUGAAUCUUAAUCAGAAUCAAAUCUCGACCAUGUCAGAUCAACUGGCCGACUGUCCAAAACUUAAGACCCUUAGGCUCGAAGAAAAUUGCCUUCAAAUUAAUGCUAUUCCAGUAAAGAUUCUAAAAGACUCAAAAAUCUCUGUUUUAAUAUUAGAGGGUAACUUGUUCGAAAUGAAGCAAUUCGUCGAACUCGAAGGGUACGAACAAUAUAUGGAGAGAUACACGGCGGUCAAAAAGAAAAUGUUUUAAAAUGUAGUCUGGCUGUGUGAUAAAAUCGAAAUAUGAAUUUCAUAAGUGGUUGGAUUGAAUACUUCACGUUGGGCGAUUUACGAGUUAAUCGUUAUUUAUUGUUAGUACUAUACGUUGUAGAAAUGUAUUAUUUCACUUAAGAUGAGCUCGACGCAAUGUUACAGUGAGGUAUUCAAUUCUGCAUAUUCUUUUUUCUUUAAAUCCUUGUGAUUACGGAUUGAAUGUUUAUGUUGAUACCUACACAUUAUAUCUUUGAAAUUUCACAAGACAUUGGACCUAUAAACGAAAUUACAAAUUUUUCAUGCACAGAUGGUAGCCAGUAAUUAACAAAUACGGUGAAUAAUUUAAAUCGAAAUGGAGAGAUUGCGAAGUGUAUUUACAUUGAUUUGUUUAUGUAUUUACAGAUGAAUGUAAUCCUUAAAAUAAGGCAUGAUACCUAUGGCGAAUCAAUUUGAUUGUAAAUCUUACCGCCUUCUUGCAAAUAAUGUAUCUUUUGUUUUCAAAGCUGCCAUAAUAAAACCAUCAAUACUUUGUAAUGUAA